AUGUGAAAUUGACAUUGGCAGUUUUUGCGCCAUUGUUCAAAGUUCUCUGUUUGGUUGAUGGAGAUGUGAAGCCAUCCAUGGGCUUUGUAUAUGGAGAAAUAUUGAAGGCAAAGAGACAUGUCAAAGAGGCCCUUGGCAAUGUUGAGAACCGUUUCAAGGAUGUUGUUGCUGUUAUUGACAAGAAGAUGGCUGGAAGACUUGAUUCUCCAUUGCAUUUGACAGCUUAUUUGCUGAAUCCACACUACAGUUAUGCUGAACCAUCAAUCUUUGAUGUUCCCAAAAUAACAGAAGGUUUUAUCAAUUGUGUGGAGACUUUUUAUUAUCAUGACGACGAAAUGCAAGAACAAGCAGCCAACAUCGAACUGCAGAAGUUUCAGAAUAGAGAAGGUCCAUUUAGCAAGAAGCUUGCAAGGACUUUUGAAAACUUUGAUUAUAAUCCAGGUAACAGUUGUUUGUAAAUAGAGAGGUUUUUUAUUUCAGCAUUGUAACAAGCAAUCUGUUAUACUACUAACUAAUAGAGAGGUAUUUUAUUUCAGCAUCAUGGUGGCGGCUUUAUGGAACUGAAACACCAGCUCUACAGAAGAUGGCUACCAAGAUCCUAUCUUUAACAGCAAGUUCUUCUGGUUGUGAAAGAAAUUGGAGUGGGUUUGAUGGGGUGCACACUAAGAAGAGAAAUAGGCUUACUACAGACCGCCUCAACAAGUUGGUCUACAUUCAGUUCAACAACAGGCUAAUUAAUAAGAGAGCAAAGAUCAAGUCCAAGAAAAUUACUGAUGUUCUCUUGUCUAGUGGUACAACUGAGGCUCAAGGUUUCCUCCAAGAGAAUGGAGAUGAUUGUGCAUUAGUCUCCUUUAGAGAUGACGAAGACGAGGAAGAAGUCAUGGAAGGUACAGGGAUACCUUGGUCUGUGCUUGGAGAUGCAGUGGGAGCAGAAGAACAACUAGAGCUGCGUAGAAGUGCAAGGGUGAGUGUCAUGUACGGGCGCUCGUACGCCAGGCAGCGUCGCGCCCGUGACAGGCGCCGCGCACAGGAGCGCGCAGGGCGCGCAGAUCUGGGAGAUCAGCAGGAGCUUAUGGAAAGCAGUGGCUAGAAAGGAAAAUAGAAGUAUGGAAAGUAGAGGGAAGGAAAGGAGAGAUUGAUGAGUGAUUGAUUAGUAGAAGAAUGGAAAGUAGAGGGAAGGAAAGGAGUGAUUGAUUAGUGAUUGAUUAGUGUUACCAUGUUUAGGCUUGCCUAAAAUAACAGCAGGCCGAUGGCUAUAUAUGCGGCACAGGGAGACAGGAAUAAAGGCAGCAAACAAGUUAUCUCUUCUCCACCUCUCUCUACCAACUAAGCCUACGGCUGUGGGGAAUAACCACGCCGGAGAAGACGACGAACCGCGGCUACGACCUUCGUAGCCGAGGGCCCCCUGCUCUAGACGCCCAGGCCCUUGACAACCUGGUAUCACGAGUCAGGCGAUCUUCGUCCUCUCGAUCCCACACCUCCGAUCCGUCCCUUGACGUCACCCAACUACCACCCAGCCCUCCACCAUCACCGCCGUCGCCCUCCUCCAUUAUGACCACCAAAACCAUCGAUGAUUUGGCUAUGAUAAUCGAGAAGCUCGUGGGUACGAUAUCUGUCCUCCAAAAUGACGUCGAGUCAUUGAAGAAGGACAAGGCGCCCUCCUCCUCGCCGUCCGGCAGCGGCGGCCACGACGGCCAGCACCACAUCGACCGACCACCAAGGUUCCAAAAAAUCGACUUCCCGCGUUUUGACGGCAAGUCGGACCCCAUGCUCUUCGUCAACCGCUGUGAGUCCUACUUUCAUCAGCAGCGGAUCAUGGAGGAGGAGAAGGUUUGGAUGGCGUCUUACCACCUCGAGGGCGUGGCCCAGUCGUGGUACCUCCAGCUACAGACGGAUGAGGGGACUCCGCGCUGGCACCGCUUCAAGGACAUCCUCCAGUUACGCUUCGGGCCUCCCCUACGCUCGGCGCCGCUGUUCGAACUCGCUGAGUGUAGGCGUGCAGGCACUGUGGAGGAGUACCAGAACCGCUUCCAGGAGCUACUACCGCGCGCCGGACCACUGGAGGAACGCCAGCGCGUGCAACUCUUCACGGGCGGGCUGUUGCCACCGCUCAGCCAUGCGGUGCGCAUCCACAACCCCCAGUCGCUCGCGGCGGCUAUGAGCCUCGCGCGGCAAGUGGAGCUGAUGGAACUCGACAGGGCCCCAACGCCGGCCCAUAUCAUGCCAGCCGCACGCGGCAUCCUGCCUCCGCCGCCGAAACCGGCGCCUAUGGCGCUUCCGACGCCCCACGUCCCUUUGGCGCUCCCGGCACCACCGGCGGGCGCGGAUCCGGGCCGUGGCGAGGGCAGAAGGCUCAGCACUGAGGAGAUGGCCGAACGUCGUCGCCUCGGAUUAUGUUUCAAUUGCAAUGACAAGUAUUCCAGGGGUCACAACAGGUUCUGCAAGCGCAUCUUCUUCGUCGACGGCGUCGAGAUCAUGGACGAAGACGACACCGACCAACCCGACGGCCCCGACGCUGAGGCGCCGUGCUUCUCGUUGCAGGCCGUCUCAGGCUGUCCCGUGGCCGACACCAUGCAGGUCGCCGUCAUGUUAGGAGCCACCCCGCUCGUCGCCCUCCUCGACUCGGGCAGCACGCACAAUUUCAUAUCCGAAGCAGCGGCGCGGCGUUCCGGCCUUCCCCAACAACAGCGCCCGCGCCUUUCGGCCAUGGUGGCCAACGGCGAGCGCAUCACUUGUGUGGGCGUCAUCCGCAACGCGCCCCUCACCGUCGGUGGCGACGCGUUCCCGGCUGAUCUCUUCGUCAUGCCGUUGGCCGGGUACGAUGUCGUCCUCGGCACUCGCUGGUUGGGCGCGCUGGGGCCCAUCGUGUGGGAUCUCGCAUGCAGGCGCAUGUCGUUCCAGCACCACGACCGCACAGUCUGCUGGAACGGCGUGCCCACGUCCUCGACGCCGGUGCUGGGCGCCACCACCACGGCCGAGCCUCUGCUCGCGGCUCUCCUGGACACCUUCGCGCCCGUCUUCGCAGAGCCGGCCGGUCUGCCCCCGUUGCGCGCCCAUGACCACCGCAUCAUCCUCAAGCAGGGCGCGCAGCCGGUGGCAGUCCGGCCUUACCGGUACCCGGCGGCACACAAAGACGAGUUGGAACGCCAGUGCGCCGCCAUGAUCGAGCAGGGGAUUGUUCGUCGCAGCGAUUCACCAUUCUCGUCGCCGGUCCUCCUCGUGAAGAAGCCCGACGGGUCAUGGCGGUUCUGCGUCGACUACCGCGCGCUAAACGCGGUCACCAUCAAGGACGCCUUCCCGAUCCCGGUGGUCGACGAGCUGCUGGACGAGCUUCAUGGUGCCCGGUUCUUCUCCAAGCUGGACCUGCGUUCCGGGUACCACCAGGUGCGCAUGAGGCCGGAAGAUGUGCACAAAACGGCAUUUCGUACCCACGACGGCCUGUACGAGUUCCUGGUGAUGGCGUUCGGGCUUUGCAACGCACCGGCAACAUUCCAAGCCCUCAUGAACGAUGUGCUCCGUCCCUUCCUGCGCCGGUUUGUCCUUGUUUUCUUUGAUGAUAUCCUGAUAUAUAGCAAGAAUUGGGAGGAGCACCUGCACCACCUCAGGAUGGUCCUCGAGGAACUACAACGCCACCAACUCUUCGUCAAGCGCUCCAAAUGCGCCUUCGGAGCCCCGUCCGUCGCCUACCUUGGUCAUGUGAUCUCGGCGGCGGGCGUGGCCAUGGACCCGACAAAGGUGCAGGCCAUCUUCGACUGGCCGGUGCCGCGCUCGGCUCGAGCGGUGCGCGGGUUUCUUGGCCUGGCGGGCUACUACCGCAAGUUUGUGCCCAACUACGGCACGGUCGCCGCACCGCUCACGGCCCUCCUCAAGAAAGACGGCUUCACCUGGGACGACAAGGCAGCGGCGGCUUUCGGCGCCCUCAAGGCCGCCGUCACCUCGGCACCGAUCCUCACCAUGCCUGACUUCACAAAGACCUUCGUGGUUGAGUGUGAUGCGUCGUCACACGGGUUUGGCGCCGUGCUCACCCAAGAGGGACAUCCGGUGGCAUUCUUCAGCCGUCCCAUCGCCCCUCGUCACCAGGCGUUGGCGGCCUACGAGCGCGAGCUCAUCGGCCUAGUCCAGGCGGUCCGGCACUGGCGGCCGUACCUCUGGGGGCGGUGCUUCGUCGUCAAGACAGACCACUAUAGCCUCAAAUACCUCCUCGACCAGCGCCUCUCCACAAUACCCCAACACCACUGGGUCGGGAAGCUGUUGGGCUUUACUUUCACUGUGGAGUACAGGUCGGGUGCCACGAACGUCGUGGCGGAUGCUCUGUCCCGCCGCGACACGGAGGAGAGCGUGCUGCUGGCGAUCUCCGCGCCCCGCUUCGAUUUCAUCGCACGCCUUCGUCAGGCCCAGGCCAUGGACCCGGCUCUAACAGCCAUCCAUGAAGGAGUCGGCGCUGGCACCCGCGAUGCACCGUGGGCGGUGGCUGACGGCAUGGUCACCUAUGAUGGGCGCCUGUACAUUCCACCGACGUCGCCCCUGCUGCAGGAGAUUGUGGCUGCUGUGCAUGAAGAUGGGCAUGAGGGCGUCCACCGCACCCUGCACCGCCUGCGCCGGGACUUCCACUUCCCCAACAUGCGACGCCUGGUACAGGACUUCGUGCGGGCGUGUACGACGUGCCAGCGGUUCAAGUCGGAACAUCUACAUCCAGCUGGCUUGCUGCAGCCGCUGCCAGUGCCCUCGGCGGUCUGGGCGGACAUUGCAAUGGACUUCGUUGAAGCGCUACCCCGGGUGCACGGCAAGACGGUCAUCCUCUCCGUCGUCGACCGCUUCAGCAAAUACUGCCAUUUUAUCCCCCUAGCGCAUCCGUACACGGCGGAGUCUGUGGCACAGGCUUUCUUCACCGACAUCGUCCGUCUCCACGGGAUACCGCAAUCCAUCGUCUCCGACCGCGACCCGCUGUUCACCUCGUCGUUCUGGAGCGAGCUGAUGCGCCUCAUGGGCACCAAGCUCCUCAUGUCAUCAGCAUUCCACCCGCAGACGGAUGGCCAGACGGAGGCGGCCAACCGCGUCAUCGUCAUGUACCUACGCUGCCUCACGGGCGAUCGCCCUCGCCAGUGGCUUCGUUGGCUCCCCUGGGCGGAGUACGUCUACAACACGGCUUACCAGUCGUCCCUCCGCGACACCCCGUUCCGGGUGGUCUACGGCCGUGACCCGCCCUCAAUCCGCUCCUACGAGCCCGGCGACACAAGGGUGGCGGCGGUGGCACAAGAAAUGGAAGCGCGGGAAGCCUUUCUGGCUGACGUCCGCUUCCGUCUCGAGCAGGCUCAGGCGGUCCAAAAGCUGCAGUAUGAUAAGCACCACCGGGAGGUCACAUAUGAGGUUGGGGACUGGGCAUUCCUUCGCCUUCGCCAACGUGUGGCGGCGUCCCUGCCGCGAACCAUCACUGGGAAGCUCAAGCCUCGCUACGUGGGACCCUACCGCGUCACCGAGAUCAUCAAUGACGUGGCUGUUCGGCUAGAAUUGCCGACCGGCGCGCGCCUGCACGACGUGUUUCAUAUCGGCGUGCUCCGAAAGUACGUGGGCUCCCCACCCACCACACCGCCGCCUCUGCCGCCUCUUCUCAAUGGUGCGGUAGUGCCUGAGCCUGCAAGAAUAGCGGGGGCUCGCUUGUCGCGUGGCGUGCGGCAAGUCCUCGUUCACUGGAGCGGCGAACCAGCUUCAUCAGCCACCUGGGAGGAGUUCGACGACUUCCGCGCCCGAUUCCCAGCCUUCCAGCUCGAGGACGAGCUGGCCUUCGACGAGGGGAGAGAUGUCAUGUACGGGCGCUCGUACGCCAGGCAGCGUCGCGCCCGUGACAGGCGCCGCGCACAGGAGCGCGCAGGGCGCGCAGAUCUGGGAGAUCAGCAGGAGCUUAUGGAAAGCAGUGGCUAGAAAGGAAAAUAGAAGUAUGGAAAGUAGAGGGAAGGAAAGGAGAGAUUGAUGAGUGAUUGAUUAGUAGAAGAAUGGAAAGUAGAUGUAACACCCCUGGUGUUACUAUAACUAA